UAACGGACGGGCAGGUUCAUUUUAAACAACAUUGUUUCACUUUGAAGCUUUUCCACGCUGUUCUUAUUUUUCACCUGUCGAUGAUGGAAAACUGAUGACCCCUUAGGCCUUUCUCAUGUUGGAGUCUAGCUGUUCACUCUUCUGAAGGCACAGGAUGAAAAGAUGGCACAGCUGCUUGUACCCCCAGGUCCAGACAGCUUCCGCCCCUUUAGUCGUGAGUCCAUCAAAGUCAUCGAGAAACGUAUCACAGAGGAGAACGCCAAGAAACCAAAGAAAGAGAAGAAUAAACGCAACGAUGAGAAUGAGAUCAAGCCCAGCCGUGACCUGGAAGCGGGCAAAUCACUCCCUCUCCUGUAUGGGGACACUCCUAAAGGCAUGGUGUCGACACCGCUGGAGGACCUGGAUCCAUACUACAUGAAUCAUAAAACUUUCAUAGUAUUAAACAGAGGAAAUAGUCUCUUCCGCUUCAACGCCGAUUCUGCCUUGUACCUCCUGAGUCCCUUCAACCUUAUUAGAAGAAUAUCAAUUUGGAUUUUGGUACAUUCGUUAUUUAAUAUCGUGGUCAUGUGCACUAUCCUCGCCAACUGUGCAUAUAUGACACGGAGUGGUCGUCCGUCUGUGUGGGCAAAGAAUAUAGAAUACACAUUUACUGCAAUCUAUACACUUGAAUCCCUCAUAAAAAUCUUAGCCCGAGGGUUCUGUAUUGGGAGGUUCACGUUUCUAAGAGAUCCCUGGAACUGGCUGGAUUUUAGUGUCAUUGUGUUGGCGUAUGUAACAGAGGUUUUACCCGUAGGCAACUUUUCAGCUCUUCGCACAUUCAGAGUGCUGAGAGCAUUUAAAGCUAUUUCGGUAAUCCCAGGCCUGAAAACCAUUGUUGGUGCAUUGUUCCAGUCAGUGAAGAAGCUCGCCAAUGUGAUGAUUCUCACCGUCUUCUGCUUGAGCGUCUUCGCCCUCGUAGGACUACAACUGUUUAUGGGCAAUUUAAAACAUAAGUGUAUCCGGGACUAUAAUACUACACUAGUUAAUAAUAUCAAUAUGACUGAAACAGAGAAUCUCACAGUGAAGGACUACCUGCUAGAUAAGCGUUUUUACUAUAUCCUUCCUGGUAAAAAAGAUGCAUUGCUUUGUGGAUUUAGCCCUUUAGCUGGGCAAUGCCCAGAGGGGUUCCAUUGCGAAAAAGCAGGAAGAAAUCCAGACUAUAAUUACACCAGUUUUGACUCCUUUGGUUGGGCCUUUCUCUCUCUGUUUAGACUGAUGACGCAGGAUUACUGGGAGACUCUUUACCAGCAGACAUUGCGAGCAGCUGGGAAGCCCUACAUGCUCUUUUUUGUGCUGAUAAUUUUCCUCGGUUCCUUUUAUCUGAUCAACCUGAUCUUGGCUGUAGUAGCUAUGGCCUACGAGGAGCAGAGCCAAGCCACCAUAAAGGAGGCGAAGGAGAAGGAGGAAGAGUUUCAGGCCAUGAUAGAGCAGCUGAAACGGCAGCAAGAGGACGCUCAGGCAGCAGCAACUGCAGCGGCUGCUGAGAGAGGCGAGGCCAGUGAUAAACCCAGUGGCCUGGAGAGCUCUUCUGACUCUAAGCUCAGCUCAAAAAGCGCCAAAGAGAGACGCAACAGAAAAAAAAAAAGGCAGGAGGAUGGCAAAGGGGAUGACAAGAAGGUCUCUAAAUCCGAGUCGCAGGACAGUAUUAAGAAAGGUCGCUGCCGCUUCUCUGUGGAUGCAAACCAGCUCAACUAUGACAUGAAAUGCUCACCCAUGCAUCAGGCUGACACCACUGACACAGAAUACAGACCGGGUGGAGGAGCAGCCCAGGAGUGUAUUGACUUCCUUGAUGGCCCAGAGGCUAGACAGAGAGCUCUCAGUACAGCCAGUGUCAUAACUAGCACAGUGGAAGAGCUUGAAGAGUUGAGGCAGAAGUGUCCUCCUUGCUGGUACAAUUUUGCCAACACUUUCCUCAUCUGGGAGUGUUGUCCGAGAUGGUUGAGGAUCAAGAGGAACGUUAGACUAGUUGUGAUGGACCCCUUCACGGACCUAACCAUCACCAUCUGCAUUGUGCUCAACACAUUGUUUAUGGCCAUGGAGCAUUAUCCAAUGUAUGACCAUUUCUCCAAAAUGCUGUAUGUGGGAAAUUUGAUUUUUACUACCAUCUUCACGGCAGAAAUGGUCUUCAAGAUCAUUGCUAUGGAUCCAUACUAUUACUUCCAGGAGAAAUGGAAUAUUUUUGAUUCAAUCAUUGUCAGUUUGAGCUUGAUGGAGCUUGGCUUGGAAACCGUGGAAGGCAUGUCUGUUCUGAGAUCAUUCAGAUUGAUGAGAGUAUUCAAGUUGGCUAAAUCGUGGCCCACUCUUAACACACUAAUCAAGAUAAUUGGCAAUUCAGUGGGGGCUUUGGGCAAUCUGACGCUGGUGCUGGCCAUUAUCGUUUUCAUUUUUGCAGUUGUGGGCAUGCAACUGUUUGGAAAACACUACAAGGACUGUGUGUGUAAAAUCUCUGAAAAGUGCAUUCUGCCCCGUUGGCACAUGAACGACUUCUUCCAUUCAUUUCUCAUUGUGUUCCGAGUGCUUUGUGGAGAGUGGAUAGAAACCAUGUGGGACUGUAUGGAGGUGGCUGGGACACCCAUGUGCAUCACUGUCUACAUGAUGGUCUUGGUUAUUGGAAACCUUGUGGUGCUGAAUCUGUUCCUGGCCCUGCUGCUGAGUUCAUUCAGUUCUGAUAACCUCGCGGGGAUAGAGGAUGACACGGACAUGAACAAUAUGCAGGUUGCCAUUGGAAGGAUUCACAAUGGCAUUGCCUUCGUCAAGUCCCUGCUUCGAAGCAGCUGCAAUAGUGCCUGUCUCAGGAGGAAGAAGAAAAGGAAGGGUGAAGACAAAACCCUGGAUGAGCUCCACAAACCUUUAGGGCCAAAUGGUGUCCCCAACCAUACCAUCAAAGACUUUUCUAAGAAUGGAAAUGGGGAUGUGACCGGAGUGGACAAAAAUGGAGACAAGUACAUAGUCAGUAGCAAGAGUGAUGAUUCCAUUAUGUCUUUCAUUCACAACCCUAGUCUGACUGUCACUGUUCCUAUUGCUCUGGGAGAAUCAGACUUUGAAAACCUCAACACGGAGGACUUCAGCAGUCUCUCGUCUGAUAUAGUAGGCUGCACUGAGAUUGCGGAAGAUGAUGACCAGGUCAGCUCCUCAGAGGGGAGUACAAUAGACGGUUUGCCAGGCGGUGAGGGAGUAGAGUCUGUGGACUUUGAAUUGGAAGAAUUUGCUGAACCUGAUGCCUGCUUUCCUGACAGGUGUGUGCGAAAGUACCAGUGUUGUCAAGUAAAAGUGGAAGUGGGCUGGUGGAAGGUGUGGUGGACGCUUAGAAAGACUUGUUUCCGGAUCGUGGAGCACAACUGGUUUGAGAGCUUCAUCAUUUUCAUGAUCCUGCUCAGCAGUGGAGCACUGGCAUUUGAGGACAUCUACAUUGAGCAGAGGAAGACCAUUAAAACGAUGUUGGAGUUUGCGGACAAAAUCUUCACCUACAUCUUCAUUCUGGAGAUGUUACUGAAGUGGGUGGCCUAUGGAUAUGCCAAGUAUUUUACAAAUGCCUGGUGCUGGCUAGACUUCCUCAUUGUCGAUGUCUCAGUGGUCAGUAUGGUAGCCAAUGCCAUGGGAUAUUCUGACCUUGGUGCCAUCAAGUCUCUGAGAACCCUUCGAGCUCUGAGGCCACUGAGAGCCCUGUCUCGGUUUGAAGGCAUGAGGGUGGUGGUCAAUGCCCUGCUUGGAGCAAUUCCUUCCAUCUUCAAUGUGCUGCUGGUUUGUCUCAUCUUCUGGCUCAUCUUCAGCAUCAUGGGAGUAAACUUAUUUGCGGGGAAGUUCGGCUAUUGUGCCAACAAAACCACAAAUGAAGAGUUAUCUAUGUCAGUGGUGACAAACAAGACAGAAUGUGACAGCAUGUACGAUGCUCGUUGGAAGAUCCACAAAGUCAACUUCGACAAUGUUGGUAUGGGAUACCUUGCAUUGCUGCAAGUGGCUACAUUCAAGGGCUGGAUGGAAAUCAUGUAUGCUGCUGUGGACUCUCGAAGCCAGAAUGAACAACCAGAUUAUGAGUACAGCCUGCAUAUGUACGCGUUUUUUGUUAUUUUCAUCAUAUUUGGAGCCUUCUUCGCUCUCAAUCUCUUCAUUGGUGUCAUCAUAGACAACUUCAAUCAGCAAAAGAAAAAGUUUGGAGGUCAAGACAUCUUCAUGACUGAAGAACAGAAGAAAUACUACAAUGCCAUGAAAAAGCUGGGGUCAAAGAAACCACAAAAGCCUAUUCCUAGACCAUCAAACCAAAUUCAAGGAUAUGUCUUUGACUUCACCACAAAACAAGCAUUCGAUAUUUUAAUAAUGGUUCUAAUAUGGCUUAAUAUGGUAACCAUGAUGGUAGAAACUGAAGACCAGUCAGAAGAAAAAAAAGACGUUCUUUACUGGAUCAAUUGGGUAUUCGUUAUCAUCUUUACUGGAGAGUGUUUGUUGAAGAUGAUCGCUCUUCGCCAAUACUUCUUCACAAAUGGUUGGAAUGUAUUUGACUUCAUCGUCGUCGUCCUGUCAAUCAUCGGAAUGUGUCUCUCGAAACUGAUAGAGAAGUAUUUUGUUUCGCCAACCUUGUUCAGAGUCAUCCGAUUGGCUCGGAUUGGCCGUGUGCUCCGCCUUAUUAAAAGUGCCAAAGGAAUUCGCACACUCUUGUUUGCCUUGAUGAUGUCACUUCCUGCCUUGUUCAACAUUGGUCUCUUGCUCUUUUUGGUGAUGUUUAUCUAUGCUAUCUUUGGCAUGUCAAACUUCGCUUACGUCAAGAAGGAAUCAGGCAUUGAUGACCUUUUCAAUUUUGAGACAUUUGGCAACAGCAUGAUCUGUUUGUUCCAGAUCACCACCUCAGCGGGGUGGGAUGGCCUUCUUGCGCCCAUUCUCAACAAACAUGAAGAUGAUUGUGACAAUUCCACGGAGCAUCCUGGCAGUCAAAUUAAGGGAGACUGUGGAAAUCCCCCUGUGGGGAUCGCCUUCUUUGUGAGCUACAUCAUCAUCUGUUUCCUGGUUGUGAUAAAUAUGUACAUUGCUGUUAUCCUGGAAAACUUCAGUGUGGCCACUGAGGAGAGCACCGACCCACUAAGUGAGGAUGAUUUUGAAACGUUUUACGAGGUCUGGGAAAGGUUUGAUCCUCAUGCAACACAGUUCAUGGAGUACAAAAAGCUUUCAGAAUUUGCAGAUGCUCUGGACCCACCGUUACGUAUACCCAUGCCUAACAAGAUGAUACUGAUCUCUAUGGAUCUACCCAUGGUGAAUGGUGAACGCAUUCACUGCCUGGACAUUCUGUUUGCAUUCACAAAACGUGUUCUUGGUGAAGGUGGGGAGAUGGACAUCCUAAGGGGGCAGAUGGAGGAGCGCUUCAUGGCCUCCAAUCCUUCCAAAGUUUCCUAUGAACCAAUCACUACCACCCUCCGUCGCAAACAGGAGGACACAUCAGCCGUUGUCAUCCAGAGAGCAUACAGAGUUUAUGCAAGGAGCCGUGUUUUCAUGAAGCCCUCAAACAGAUCUGGUGUUAACAUUCAAAGGGAUGGAACACACAUUGACAAAGAGGAUGUUGUCACCGACAAACUCCAAGACAUUUCUAGCGCCGAUAAAAGUGAACUGACACCUUCAGCGGCCCUUCAGCCUUCAUGUAACAGUGUGACUUCAAAUGGAAGACACAAAUAUGAAAAAGACAAAAGUGAAAAGGAGGUUGAGGGCAAAGAUGUCAGAGAGCAAUAGUGAAGGAAUUCUGGAGAUGCAACAAAGACAUUUUAAUUAAUGACAAAAAUGUUUACAACCUUUGAAAGACAUCCAUUGGACUCCCUCUUUUAAAAGAUAAACUAUAUGCCAAACCGACCAUGCUUACUUGAGUCUAAAGUUUGGUGGCUCAUUUGGGCUUUAGUGGGACCAAUUGGCCGUGUUCUAGGUGCAAGGAUGCCUUUUGGCUAAGUGUUCAGAAAGACACAUUAGUUCAUGCUUUGACUUUAUUAUAUUGCAGUUCUACUAUCCAGUGUCUUGAAUUAUUGUUAUAUCACUGAAAGUUGUAUUACUACCUUUUUUUUCAAGCAGAAAAACAUGUUACAUGUAUACGGCUCUUAUUAUUUUUAGAUUGAAUGGUUUGCUUUGUUGACUUUUUAUACAUUUUUUUACUUUUCAAAAGGGUUGUUCUUUCAGGGACAAUAAGGCUAGCCUUGCUUGCUGAUACCGCCACUGGAAAAAUCCAAGACACAAAGUCAGAUUCGCUGCAUUUUACUAUAAAUGUAGACCUGCAUGAAUGUUUCUCCAUCAGUGUGCAUGCUGUAGUACACUAUUUCCAUCGUGUUCUAUCCACGUCAAUCAUGCUUGAUGCAAUGCAAAUGGCUUUUUUUAUUUGUGAGUUAAGCCUACAGUCCAAACAACUCCAGCCCUGUGCAUCGAUUGUGUUUAUCAGAGUCCAAGCCAUAACGCAUGGCAGGAAUAUUUUGCACAUUCAUAUUUAUUUAAUCAUCAUUCAAAUACUUCAUCUCAGCCGGCUAUAUGCUAGCGAUGUACUAUAUAAAAUGUUACUAGUAUAAACAGAUUUUAUCAAAAAACAAUGUUUGCUUUUUUAAAGCAAAACAUAUAACAAGCAUUUGCUGUGUACACACUCUAAAUGACCCUCUGUAUGAAUGACCUUGCUGAACCACAAAUCUCUGACAGUUUGCUCCAUGACGAGUUUAUCUGUGAUCAUGUCUAUUUGUAGGACAGCUGCAUCAUUUCAAAUAUUCUCCUUCAUGUGUCUUCCAUUUCCUCGUUGUGUCUCUUUUCUUUCCUAGUUGUUUUUUUACAAUGGACCUUGAUGUAAUGGUUAUAAAUGUAUGGAAUUUAUUGAAGAACUACUAUUUAUCACCUGUGAUAUGAAACCAAAUGUUCUCCAUGAUCUGCUGUAUUUUAGCAGACAGGCAAGCUGCACAUUUAGCAGGGGAAACAUGUCAAAGGAAACUGUUAAAUGAACACUAGUUAUUCCUCAAAUAAUUACAAAGCCAUGUUUUUAAAUCAUGUUGAUGUUCUAUGACUUUGCUGUUUAAGCUUAACUUUAUUUUUCAACCUUUAACUUCAUUUUAUUAUUUAUUAAUAUUUUAUGUUUUUGUAUUAUUUUUUAAACUGUUUUUUCACAGUUUACCUCUCAAUCUUUAUCAUGAUAAAUAUCAGUUGGAUGAAAGACGGCUAAGAAUAUUCUGAAUGAUUGUCUCAAGGACAUGGCAUCACACAUCUCAUGUUUCCUACUUCUGUUUACAUGUUAUGGUUGCAGUUGUACUUCCCAGGCCAUGACAACCACCCUGGACUUUGUCACAACUUCAUCUGUUGUUUCAUGUUGUAAAAGUAUAUUUCCAUUAAUAUAAGUAUAUUUUGCAUGUUAUUAAAACAUUCAAUACUUACAAUACACUUUAUGCAUAACGAAAGAAUGUUUUGAUUGCAUAAAAUGUAACAUCUCCCAUCAUGCAUAUGCAUAAUGCUUGUAGUGUAUAAAUAAAUGCAUGCAAGACACUGCUAUAACCCAUUUCACUGAAAUGCCAAAAUAAUAAAGAUUACAUGUACCUCAA